AUGACGUCGAGACCCGAGCUGAAGCUCGAAGACGAAGGCGGCUUCAUUCGCUUCUACAAAUCCCUCCCAGCGGUCGACGACGAUGUCAUCAGGAUAUUCGAUCGUGGUGACUGGUACACCUCCCAUGGUGAUGAUGCGACUUUCAUUGCAAACACGGCAAGGCACCCCAGCAUAUGCCACGGCCUCCCGCUAACGGUACCAGGUCUACAAAACCACUUCCUCCGCGAAGCACUCUUGAAAUUGGGGAAGCGAGUCGAGAUCUGGGAGAGCUCCAGUGGUCGCAUGAAUUGGAAAUGCGUCAAGAAAGCGUCACCGGGCAAUGUCCAGGAUGUGGAGGAUGACCUGGGCGGGCAAAUCGAGUCGGCACCCAUGAUCAUGGCGGUCAAGAUCACGGCCAAGGCGUCAGAGGGCCGCAACGUCGGCGUUUGCUUUGCCGACGCCAGCGUGCGAGAGCUCGGCGUCAGCGAGUUCCUCGACAACGACUUGUACUCCAAUUUUGAGGCAUUGCUGAUCCAACUGGGCGUGCGGGAGUGUUUGAUCCAGCUCGAUAGAGCCGAGAAGGACAAGGACCCCGAGCUGGCCAAGCUGGAACAGAUCAUCACAAGCUGCGGAGUGGCUGUGGCGCACCGGCCCGCAGGCGACUUUGGAACACGAGAUAUCGAACAAGAUCUGGCGCGCCUCUUGAAAGACGAGCGGAGCGCCGCCCUCCUCCCACAGACCGACCUGAAGCUGGCCAUGGGCUCGGCGGCAGCACUCAUUAAAUACCUGAGCGUGUUGCAAGACGUGUCCAACUUCGGACAGUAUCAGCUCUACCAGCACGACCUCACACAAUUCAUGAAGCUUGACGCGGCUGCGCUUAAGGCGUUGAACCUCAUGCCGGGACCGCGAGACGGCUCCAAGACCAUGAGCAUUUACGGUGUCCUCAACCAUUGCAAGACGCCGGUUGGCAGCAGGCUAUUAGCUCAAUGGCUGAAGCAGCCGCUCAUGUCAAAGGAAGAGAUCGAAAAACGCCAACAGCUCGUACAGGCCUUUUGUGACGAUACUGAGUUGCGACAGACCAUGCAAGAAGAGCACCUACGGUCAGUGCCCGAUCUCUACCGGUUAUCGAAGCGGUUCCAGCGCGGCAAGGCCUCUUUGGAGGACGUUGUCCGCGCCUACCAAGUCAUCAUCCGUCUACCAGGGUUCAUCGGCACAUUCGAGGGCGUCAUGGAUGAAGCCUACCGGGACCCCAUUGACAUCGCCUACACCACCAAACUCCGCCAAUUGUCCAAUAGUCUUGGCAAAAUGCAGGACAUGGUUGAGCAGACCGUCGAUCUCGACGCCCUUGACCGCCAUGAGUACAUUAUCAAGUCCGAGUACGACCCGAGUCUUCGAAUCAUCCGCAAGAAGUUGAACCAGCUGGACCGCGACAUCCGGGACGAGUUCCGAGCGGCUGCCGACGACUUGAAUCAAGAAGCCGACAAGAAGAUCUUUCUUGAGAUGAACCACAAAGUCCAUGGCGUUUGCAUGCGAUUGACCAGGCAGGAAGCUGGCUGUAUCCGCAACAAGUCAGCCUACCAAGAAUGCUCCACGCAGAAGAACGGCGUCUACUUCACGACAAAGAAACUGCAAGCCAUCCGCCGAGAAUACGACCAGCUCUCUCAAAAUUACAACCGCACACAAAGCAGUCUUGUCGCCGAGGUGGUUAAUGUCGCCAAGUCGUACUGUCCCGUGUUCGAGCGCCUAGCUGGCGUGCUAGCCCAUCUUGACGUGAUCGUGUCACUGGCACAUGCCUCAGUCCACGCGCCAGAGGCCUACGUUCGCCCGACGAUUCAUUCCCGCGGUGAGGGCAAGACCGUCCUUCUCGAGGCACGCCAUCCGUGCAUGGAGCUCCAGGACGAUGUGCAGUUCAUCACCAACGACAUCACCUUGACAAGGGACGAGUCGUCCUUCCUCGUCAUUACUGGGCCCAACAUGGGCGGCAAGUCCACGUACAUCAGACAAGUGGGCGUGAUUGCGUUGAUGGCCCAGAUUGGCUGCUUCGUCCCCUGCUCUUCAGCCGAGCUCACCAUCUUCGACUCGAUCCUCGCACGUGUCGGCGCCAGCGACUCCCAGCUCAAGGGCGUAUCCACCUUUAUGGCCGAAAUGCUGGAGACGGCGAACAUUCUCAAGUCAGCUACCGCCGAGUCACUGAUCAUUAUUGACGAACUUGGCCGCGGUACGUCAACAUAUGACGGCUUUGGUCUCGCAUGGGCCAUUUCGGAGCACAUUGUCAAGGAGAUUCGCUGUUUCGCCUUAUUUGCGACGCACUUUCACGAGCUCACCGCCCUGGCGGAACAGCAUCCGCAAGUCGCCAACCUCCAUGUCACAGCGCACAUUAGCGGGUCUGGCGAUGGCGAGAACGCCAAGCGGGAAGUUACACUGCUGUACAAGGUGGAACCUGGCGUGUGUGACCAGAGUUUUGGAAUCCACGUCGCUGAGCUGGUGCGCUUCCCGGACAAAGUCGUCCGUAUGGCAAAACGCAAGGCCGAUGAGCUGGAAGAUUUUACGACGAAGCACGAGGACCAUGCCCUCAGUUACAGCAAGACGGAUGUCGAGGAAGGCAGCGCCAUGCUCAAGACCGUGUUGAAGCAGUGGAAGGAGGCUGUGGAGGCGGGCGGUGCGGACAUGAGUCGCGAGGAACAAGUCGCAAAGCUGAAGGAGUUGGUUGGUGCGGACGAGGAGUUGCUGGCCAAUCCGUUCUUCCAGUCUGUCAAAGCAUUGUAA